AGUGUUUUGCUCAAAAGGGACAUUUGAUGGGCUUGCACAAGGGCAAGCAGGGUGAUGCCGCUGCUUUUACAGGCUGGGCUACAGUCUCCGAAUCCUAAGAUGACGCCCUCGCCCUUGUCAGUCUCUUCAACCACAUCUUCACCUACAGCCAAGGACAAGCAGCAAAAAGACAGUGCUGUGGUCCUUCAGCUGGCGAAGACCAAAAUGUGUGCCUUCUUCGAACGAGGCAAGUGUGCCUCCGAUACAUGCAGGUAUGCCCAUUCGCCCAGCGAGCUUCGGCGUCCUCCCAAUUUGCAGAAGACCAAGCUUUGCAAGGCCUUCCUACAAGGCAAGUGCCGUGAUGGCGAGAACUGUUCGUUUGCCCAUGGGGAGUCGGACCUGCGGGUCACCGCUGGGAUCUACAAAACCCAGAUGUGCAACUUCUAUGAGCGAGGAUACUGCAAGAAGGGGGAUCGCUGCAAUCACGCGCACGGAGAUCUGGAUUUGCGGCCGACCUGGAGCCCCCAAAAGACACCGGUCCGGGAGAAAGGUCCAGCAGGUGUUCUGGAGACACCGGAUGCGCGAACGCCACCCAAGGUGGCACCACAAGGAGAUGCCCAACAGAGCCCAAAGAAGGAACGCCUUCCACUUGCAGAACUGCUGACGCCGGAGGAUUCACAGGUUGACAUGGGUCCAAGUGUUGCAGACCUGGCCGCCUUGGCCUUCGCACCGCCACCGGUGCCACUUUCAUGGACCUCGUACCAGCUCUCUCCAAGUACCUAUGCCGGGGAGCCCAUGACGCCCGUGGUCCCGAGAAUGCUGGACCCGGUGGACAUGCUGGUCGACUCGGAUCGCCGAGAACUGAUGGGUCUCACGCCGCCAAUGCCUUGGCCACUGGCGGCUCCACCGGGACUCGCAGAGGUGGAUCUCGAGCCCCGGCAUCUCUUCGCCGAACCGUCCACUCCGGGACCGCUUCCCGGACCGGCGGUUCGCGUGGGCGGCGCGGGCGAGUCGGAUGCGCUGUCCCAAAGCCUGGCCAAUUUGGACACCAUGCUGCAGGGAUUUGCAGCCGAUGUGGCGACGCUGAUUUCCCGCAGGCCAAGCUAGUGAGCCAGUGUAAGCACCAGCCUUUGCGCGGAUUUUUUUGUCGAGGGUCUCACCCGCGAACAGAUGCCUCCACUCUCGUGGCAGCGCUGCUGAUGUUGUUCUUUGACCAAUAUGCAUUGAUUUUCCAAUGGAAACAAAGCAAAGAGUGUGAAC